CUCCCUGCGACGGUUUUCCCUGCAGGUUACAACCUGAACCGUUUCAAGACCAACAUACACCGACAUUUCCGCGCACUUGCCGCUUCUCGAGCGUGAUAGGACAUUUCCUUGCGAGUGCGCAUAUCCGUAUCCGUAAAAAAAAAAAAAAAUCAUUUGAACAGAGAUUUGGACUACUCCUACGGGAAAGCAACGGAAAACCGGGGUCGAAUGAAUCGAACCAGAGUCCAUUUGCGCAAAGUUGGCAACACCUACCUGUAACACGAUACAUUUGGCAACGGCGUAUGCAACAAAAAAAUUAACCAAACAACCAAACUGAAACUUUUUCUAAGGUUAGGAGAUUUUUUUUACGAAAAUUUUAAACUUGGUUUGCUUCACCUAAUCCAAAUCAUAAAUUUAGAAUUUGAAAUCCUCGAAAAACCAAAAUGGGUGUCACAGUUCUCACUCAGUUUCCUUUAGAAAACCGUUCUGGCCCUCAAACCGUCGACAUCCUCAAUAAACGAAUUAUGGCUCUAGGAGCCAUCCAACAAGGACAAUUUUUGGUCGACUGCGAAACGUACAGCUCAGUGCCAGCCCUCGGACAUCAGAGAACCGUCCAUGUGUUGCACAACUCAGAACAGCCGGCUACAGUAUUCUCCCUUCUCGAUACUGGCACUAAAAUCAUCCCUUUGGCUACUGAUGGGCUGUUCGACUUGCUUAUGAUGAAAAUGUCUAGUUUUUAUCAGUCGAAGAAACAAACCAAAACAGAGUCAAAAGGCCCCAGGUAUGAGAUUGGCGAUUUUUGCGUUAAACUUGGUACAGUGACAGUGAGCAGUAAUUUUAAAGGAGUCUUGGUUGAAGUCGAGUAUAAACCCUGUGUAGUGCCGGCAAUGUGUUGGGACCUAAUGAUGGAGUUUAUGCAAGGAUUUUUGGGGUCUUCAGGGCCUACAACACCGGCACAGUUCCUACAGAAUCGAAUGCAAGAGAUUUAUUCGCCAAUAGAUACAAUUCAGCAGUAUUUGGAGCAUUUUACCAACUUUAGGAAGUUACAGGGUGCACCAAUGAUAAUGAGACCACAAUAGUAGUGUAUGUAGUUUAUGGGAAUAGAUUUUAUUCGGGGCAAGUUCGACAUAUUUCGUAUUUAUUUUAUUUUAACUAAAUCAAGAGAUUUUUUUAUUGAAAAAGUAUUUAAAACAAAUUUGAAAGCAAAAUAUGUAUUAAUUCACGUUUGUUGGGAGCAAUUUAAAAUCAACGAUCGGGAUCGGCGCGAGGCUAGAAUAUGUGCCUGUACGCAAGACUAGAGUAUACAAAUUUCUUGCCUUAUCCAUUGAAUUAUGCAUUAUUUUUGGAAAUGAUUUUAAAUGUAACUUAUCAGUGACUAUAAUUCACGUGUGCUGUUUUCAAAUUGGAGUACUACUAAUAUUUAUAAUCAACUUAAUUCACCACAUUCUUGAAUUACCUAAUGCUUAUUUAAAAACCAGUUUAUUUUGUAAAAUGUAAAAUAUUUAAAUAAAAACAGUGGAAUCAGCUGUUUUCAUUACAGAUUUCUGUAAAAUUAUGUACCGACGCCACUGAUAAAAACUAGUUUUAUAUGGAAACGAUUUGAAAAAAAUAUUUCACAAAUUGGCUACGCCGCUGAUAUGACCUUGGCAAUUCAAACUAAAUUUCAGAAUUAACCCGAAAAUUGUUUAUAUGGAAAUGUAUUAUUAUUAUUAUUUUUUUUAAAUUUGUAUUUUCAACAUUAUAAUUGCAUUGAUAUUCAAUAAAUUAAUUUGGGGCCCUUUUAAACAAAAUUUUCAUAUGACCCCCAAUGGCGCCAUCUGUCAAAUCGAAUUCAAACUAAACCGUUGGAGUCGGCCAUCAUCUUUUCCUCGUGUGAAAUGAAAGUGUCCUCGCCAAAAAAAAGAUGUUAAAUCCUUUUUCCAAACAAUUCUCGUCGUAUUUCGCCAACUAAGUGAUAAAACCGUGCAAAAAUGGACAAGGAACUCAACAGUAGUGAUUCGCAAACCAACCAGGACCCCAAAGAAGGGCGGUCACUGGUCAAUAAACUAAAGCAAAACGUCUCUGAAAUAAUCAGCCAGUCCCCUCUAUCCAAAUGGUUCCGCAAAGACAGCAACACAACGCCAGUGUCUACAACCAGAAGACGUCAAGACGAUUCAGAAGACGAAGAAGACCUGCAAGACUUUCAACCGCCAGCCAAGCGCACAAAGUUGCCUCCUCCUGUCACAAAAGAAUCACUAAGCCUGAAUGUCAGUGAAGCACUGAGUCCGAUUGCCAGCAACAAUGUCAAGAAGCCAACCUUUAGACAUUUUCCUGAGCCCAUCGCUGGACCCAGCGGAUAUCAGACAAGGAAACUGCUUAAUAGUACACCAUUUGUUUCAAAUAGAAGCCACAAUGAAAUAGGAAAUGCUAGUGAUAAUAAUAUCUUCAAAAUGCCUCAAGAAUUAGCCAGAAAAGAAACACACUCGGACAGUGAAGAAUCUACAAGUGGAUAUUCCUCAGGAAGAUUAGGAAGUAAAGAGAUUCUUAGCCAGCAAAAUUCCAAGCAAACCUCCCCAUUAGAAACCAGCCCUGGCAAAAAUAGGUCUCUAUUUCAAAAUUCAAGCCUUUUCACAAACCAAACAAUUCCUAGCAACAGAGUGUCAAGCCUAAGCAAUCGUAAUCCCUCAUUCAACCCUUCAACGUUCGCCUCUUCAAGUUUUGCCAACAGAACUACAUCUACCAAACAAAUUCUCAGCUCUCCCUUUUACAAUGGGCAAACAGUUUAUGGUGGAGCCUCAGCCUACGGUAGAAAUACUGGAAGAUCCCCACAAGACCUCCAAAAAGUGUUAAAAAAAAGCACCAAAUUCAAACCGGUUAGUAAUGGCUUUGAGAGGCGCAAUUUAGGACUUGGCAGAACAGCUAGGAAAAUUAUGGACACUCUGGAACAAUAUAGCUCGCCCAUAAGUGAUGCUAAAAAAAUACCAGUGGCUUCUAAAAAACGUAGAACUGAAGGCAGCCUUACUAAAUUUAUUGGAGCUAACCCAUAUAUAGUCAGGGAUACAAGAAACGCGCCCAACAAGGCAUUGCAUGUACCCUCUAUAACAGACACUUUAAAACGAAAAAUGACCGAGCAAAAAACAAUAUUACAAGACUCUACAGAAGCUGUAAGGAAAAUAGCUGCAACACCUAGUACCAUUACAAAUAGUGACAAUAGUUAUCAGUUACCACCUGUGCAAAGCGAAAACAAAAAAUUCACAUCCAAAAUGAAAACUAAAAUUACAUCUGUAAGAUCAAAAAUGCAUAUUGAUGAACCUGUGCCUGAAGUUAAAUUAAAUCCAAUUAGUUUGCCUAUAAAAGAAUUGCCUAAAUUUGAUUUUCCUACAUUGCCACCACCCACUAUAGCCCCAAGUGCCAUUACCAGUACUAGUAGUACAGUAGAUGUGGCCAAGAAAUUUGAAUCCACACCAGUUGCAUCAAAAUUGUUGGCACAAAAUGAUGAAUUUAGGUUUUCUGCUCCUUUAGUGCUUGCAGAAUGUUUAAAACCACUCAAGGCAUUGAAUAACUUUACAUUUAGUGAACCUCUAAUUAAAAAAAGGAAAAGUAUACAUGCGGAACUGAAUGAUCAAGAAAAUAUAAUUGUGGAAACACAUAAAACGAAAAAAAUUAAUGGAGAUAUCAACAAUGAUAGUUUAAUAGAAAAAUUCAAACCUAAGGAAGGCUCCUGGGAAUGCUCUACAUGUCUGAUACGAAAUCAGCCUGAAAAACUCAAAUGUGCCGCUUGUCAGAAUCCCAAAAUAAAACCUAAAACAGACACUCCAAUUACAACACCAAUUACGCUGAAACUAGUGGGCAAUUCUUGGGAAUGCCCCACUUGUAUGAUUAGAAACCAAGAUGAACUUUUAAAAUGUGCUGCAUGUCAAGAAAGCAAACCUGGGAAAUCUAAUGAUGAAUCAAAUAAAAGCACAUUAUUUCCUAAACCAACAACAGAGGCUAGUUUUGAAUUACCUGUUACAAAUUCUUGGGGAAAUAAAUUUAAUAAAGCCGCAGAGAGUUGGGAAUGUCCUUCAUGCAUGAUUAUGAAUAAAAAUGAAUUAUCAAGCUGUCUUGCUUGUACUGUACCUAAACCAGGAUCUGCACCACAAACUAAAAGCUUUGGAUCAGAUUUUAAAAAGAAACCAAAUCAAUGGGAAUGUGGAUCAUGCAUGGUGCAAAAUGAUGCCAGUGCAGACAAAUGCCCGUGCUGUGGAUCUGUAAAUCCCAAUAAACCAGCUGAUAAAACUCCUGCUUUUAGUUUUGGUAUGGAUUAUAGUGGCAGCGCAGCUUUCAGCUUUGGCAUACCGCCUGCAAGUCAGAAUGCCCCCAAAACAAACGCGUCUCAGGUGUUUGGGGAAAAACGAGAAGUAAAAGCAAGUGAAACUACUACAUUUAGCUUCGGAGUUCCUGCUAAAGAAGCUGAAUCCAAGAAAGAGUCUAGUGACAAAGCUGAAAAUGUUAGCUUAAGCUUGGAAUCAAAAACUAAUGAAGUCAAACCAACAUUUACAUUUGGGUCAAGUGAAGCUACAUCAAAACCUUUUGAAGUUACUUCAAGUAAAUCUACGCCAACAUUUAGUUUUGGAUCUGCAAGUAAAAGUGAAACAACCACCAAGAGUGAAGAAGAGCAAAAAACAAGUACACCUAGUUUUAGUUUCACACCCACAAAGAGUCAAGAGCAAGUUGCUGCUGCCACAUUUUCAUUUGGAAGUGCCAACAAGACUGAAAACACACAAAGAAUCAAUCCCCUAUUGAAACCUGGUGAAAAGUUGCCCGAAAAAGCUACAGUUGCUCCUGUGGGCUUCAGUUUUGGAUUACCAAAAUCUCCAGCGAUAACAGAAGCAAAAUCAGAUAAACCCACCAAACGUACAAGAGAAGAGGAUUCAGCGCCUCAAGCCAAAAUACCCACUUUUGAUCUGACCCCUAAUGGUGAUGUGAGCAACAAAAAUACACCAUUUGUUGCACCAACAGCAAACUUUAGCUUUGGCACUGCAAACCCCAGUGCACCAAUGUUUGGCAGUAAUGCUGAUAGUUCAAGAAAACAAGAAACAUUUAAAUUUGCAUCAAGCCCUGCUAAACCAUCUAAUGGUUUCAGCUUUGGUUCUACACCAGCUGCAGCUUUUAGUGCUAAACCAGCAGAAACUAAGCCAUUUAGUUUUGCAACUCCAGCUCAGCCCACUCAAUCGCCUGGUACAUUUUCCUUUGGCAAAACCGCUGAUUCAAAGCCUGCAACGUUUUCAUUCAAUGCAGCACCAGAAAACAAGCCUGCAAAUCAGUUUUCUUUUGCUCCAGUGAAACCACAACAACCCACUUUUGGAUCAGCACCUGCGUUCAACUUCAGCGCCAACCAAAAACCUGCCAGUUUUGGUUCGGCUGGAAAUUUGUUUGGUGGAGCUCCUCAAAAUCCUCCUGCGCCUGUGAAUGGGAAUUUCAGUUUCGGUGCUUCAGAGCAGAAAGCGACCGGAUUCAGUUUUGGUGCUAGUCAAAAUGCGGGCUUCAAUUUUGGAUCUGGGGGUGCCUCUGCUCCAGGAGGUUUUAAUUUUAAUUCCGCCACACCAGCGCUGGAAGCAAGUUCAAAACCAUCAUUUAAUUUUACUGGGGGUGCUGCUAUAGCGUCGUUUUCUGCACCUCCAGCUCAAGAAGGUACAUCAGCUCCUCAAAGAAAAAUAAAAAAAGCUGUGCGUCGAACGGUACGAUAGAUACUAUGAAUGCAACCAUCUGUUAGGCAUUGUACAUAGAAAGUAGUAUCAGUGAGUAUAUAAUUGAGAUUGGAGUUUGUGGAGGCAAGUAAGAAUGAGUGAGGCAGUGAGAUAGCGCGGAAUUCGAAGCUUGGAUCGAGCUACUAUUCAGAUAUUUAGGCCAUAAGUCAAACUAAUAGCUCUGUUGUAUAACACAAAUAAAAAUAUGUAAAAAUAAAUAAUAUUUUGGCUAGUAUUGGAUGUUUUUUAGGUUCAAUAUUUAUGUCGUAUUUUUAUUGAUUUAACAUCUUGUUAAGUGGAAAAGGGCUUUGAUAGCCACAGACAUUUUUAGUUUAAUAAAAUGAGGCCUAGUUUUUUUCAUUUGGAUUUUUUAUUUUCUUACCAAAUUUAGUUGGAAAUCAAACGGGCCUCUGAAUGGAAAAACAUUCAAACUUAACCAAACGUUAGAUGUUAAUUAUCUAUUAGGAUUAUACAAGGAAUAAACAAAAUACCAUCUGUGAACAUUGCAAGUUGGAUGUGGCACAAAUUUCGGACUUUUUUUUGUAAAAUAAUUGUUGAGAAUUUUUAAAAUUUUAUAAUGAAGUGGGAUGUAAUUAAUCAUCUCUCUGAAAGUACCUACCGAAAGGGUACAAGGCCUAAAAACCCAGAUAUUCACGGAUGGCACUGUCACAUAAUAUAAAAAGUGGCAACUUUGUAGAAGAUUAAUCAAACUCGAAUUUACUUAUUUGGCUUUAUUUGAAAAAUUCUGCAAAAACUGCAUACUUUGCAAAUAAAAAAAUAUAUAUAUCACUGAUUGCUUACAAUAUUUAUUGGUACUGAAUACCAAUUGAGUUUGAUAAAUCAAGUUCACUGAAUAGAACUCCGAAAGCUACAUACUCAUUUAAGACAUUAAUGUUCAACUAAGCAUGUUGUAUACUUGUAUAGAUGAGGAGCCAGUAUUAGACUGACAAUGAAUCAUUUUUUUAAUUUUUAUACCAUCCCUAUCGCAUACUAAUUAUACAGUUUCCAUUAAACAAGAGAAUUUUGAUUUUAUUUUUAAAUUAAUAGUUGUUUGUAUUGGCUCUAAAUAAUCAACAAUUGUAAGUAGUAGUAUUUUAAGGCUUUUUUGGUCUGAUCCAUAGAAUGUAGAAUUUUUUUAUAUGAAAUUGGGCGUCCGGAAAAAAACGAUGAAAGUUUUUUUGAUAUUUGCCUAUGAUUUAAUUAUCCGGCGCUGUUGCUCAAAUCGGCCAAUAAUUGGUCGAUUGUCCACAACAGUAAUCCGGAUAGAAUAGUAAAGCCUGUAUAUUGUGACCCAAUAUACAGGUUUGAGUCCGCCGAUUGUGAGGCGUUUAACUGUGAUAUUCUUGUGGGUCAGGCCCUUAUACAAAUACCUAUGUAUUCUUAAAUCAACUUAUUGGUUAAAGGAAAUUGUUCAUUUAGACAUAAUAUUUCUAUGAACAAUUUCUUUUAUAAAAUAUAUUACAAAUUCAAUUAUAAUUAAGGUUUGUUUUUAUAAUUAUUGUUUUGGGUUAGGACUGUUUAUUUUAAAAUCAUAUUGCAUAUUGAUAUUUAUUUUUGUAAUUUUCUCUCAUAUUUUGUUCCGAAACUAAUUUAAUUUUAAGAUUUCAAAAUAUUAAAUGGUAUUAUCUAAUUUGAAGGUUGGGCUACACUUUCUCUAUUACAUCGUUUAUGGUUUUAAUACAAAAAUUGCUUUUUUAGGUACAAAUCAAAAUAUAGGAUGCUCUGUGAUCAGGCUGGUGCAGUAUUGUUUGGCCCAACCUUGAACUGUGAUGAUUGUAAAGUGCAAAUUUAUUAGGCAACAAUAGUUCAAUAUUGAAUCAAAAAAUGAAUUGUUUGUAUGGACUAACUUUGACCAUAUGAAGAGAUCUUUUUAGUUGAAUGAAAUAAUUGGUAAACUUAGUAUUUUUUCUGAAAUAUGUAUAUGAAAAAAAAAAGAUAGAAAUACUUAAUCUUCUCCUGUGCUUUAUUUGUUUGCCUUUACAUUCAUUUAGUUAAGAUUUCAAUUUUUUUUUUUUACAUUUUUCAAUAAUUUGGGUGACAGAAAAAAAAAAAUCCUAACAAUUUUAUUAUGUUUUAAAAUUUCGUUGAACAAUUUCAUGUACCUAAUUGUGUUUUAUAUAUGUUUUUUUUGGUUUGAAUAAAUCAAGUACAUAUUAUAGAA